AUGGAUAAAGACCUGCCGAUGACAUCCUCAACCUCUCGGGACACUGUAGAAUAUAUUGAAAGGCUGAUACAGCAGUACAAUGGCCAUCUCGAACAUCAACUGAACCGGGAGAUGAAAGUACUCGUCGAUAAAUACGAAGACUUCAGGAAAAAAGUGCGCAACAAACUCCUAUCCGAGACGCCGAAUCGAUUCCCCCCUCAUGAGAAAGAGUCUAUCGUUGCUCAGAUUGAGAACAACUUUCUCUGUAACGUCAGCAAUCUCUAUCUCGACCAGGUUCGAGGGUUCAUAUUCUCGUCAUUGGACUAUGGACCUUCAAAGCAAUCGAUGUUCGUUAUACCGCCUGAACUUGAUCAGUCCAAUGGCACUCCGAUAGUGUUAUCAGACGAUUCUUCUCCAGAACAGACUGAAAAGAUCACAGAUCAUCACUUGGAAUCUCGUAGUCCUUCUUUCUCGGUGCUAAGCCACCACCGUUCAGACUCAAAUAAGAGACGCGGGCGGGGCCAUGGCCUUGAGAGCUCGAAAGAUACCCCAGUACAGAGAUCAUACUCUGCCCCAUCAACCAAGAAGCCGCUUCGAAAGAUGUUGCCUCAAAAUGAACGCAAGAAGCUUAAGUUGAAGAAGCAGAACACCAAGCGCGUUCAACGUGCUAGACAGAAGAACAACACACGCGUCUUGACGUCAUCAAUCACACGGUUCUACCCCGAUAACUUUGUCUUUUCCUACAAGCUCAACGACGACACCAAUUUCUACAUUCUCUCCUGUCCAAAUAUGGGUAGAGGCUGCCAUAGUCCAAUUUUCAAAAGGGAUCCCUUCGAAAAGGGUGUAGCAGCUGCGCACUUCCGAAGUUGUGGCGUCGCCUUUACCAGCGAUGAUGAUAUUGUUCGUGAACACGCUCGGCCAGUCACAUCUCCGAAGAACACCCCAGCUAAGCAGAGCUGGGUGAAAGAACACAACGACAGAGUGAAAGCCCGAAGAUCACCAAGUCCGCGGAACUCUCCUCCUAUCAGUACCUGUCACAAUAUUCCCGCAUGCGGGAAGGAGAUGGAGGAGAAACCUGACGGAACUGAAAGCGAGAAAGAUCAUAGCUUCGAGCCUGAAUCAGAUGAGCACAGAGACGAGUUGGCUACAGGGUCAGAUUAUGACAUGGGUUGA